AAAGACAAUUUUGACAUUCUUCUAGAGGAGGAAUAAGAAGAGUUGAUUGCCGCAGCUUGUCUGUCUUUGUGUGUUUUGUCGUGAGAGAGAGAAGAUGGAGGAUUCAUCGGCGUCGUUUGUAGGCAACAGAUAUUGGGUGCUCCGACAUGGAAAGAGCAUUCCCAACGAGAGAGGCCUCGUCGUCUCUUCAAUGGAAAAUGGUGUGCUCCCAGAGUACCAGUUAUCCCCUGAUGGUGUCGCUCAGGCUCAGCUCGCUGGCCAAUCCUUCCUCAAGCAACUGGAGGAAAGUAAGAUAUCACUGGACAAGGUCCGCAUUUGCUACUCCCCCUUCUCUAGAACCACCCACACCGCUAAGGUUGUCGCUCAGGUCCUCAAUCUCCCUUUUGAUUCCCCUCAAUGCAAGAUGAUGGAAACUCUGCGAGAACGCUACUUUGGACCUACAUUUGAACUCAAGUCACAUGACAAGUAUCCGGAGAUAUGGGAUCUUGACGAGAAAGAUCCAUUCGUGGGACCAGAAGGAGGUGAAAGCGCUGACGAUGUUGUGUCCAGACUCGCCACUGCCAUGUUAUCCAUGGAAGCAGAGUUUCAAGGGUGUGCAAUUCUGGUGGUGAGCCACGGAGAUCCACUGCAGAUGUUGCAGAACAUAAUGCAUUCAGCAAAGCAACAUAGCGGAGGAGAUGGUGGUGGUUUAGCAGAGAGGAUUCAGAUGAGCAGAGUUGCUUCUGUCUUGUCACAGCACCGUAAGUUUGCUUUGCUCACUGGCGAACUCCGACCCCUCGUCUGAUUUUUUUUUUUGCUAACCAAACAAUAAAGUAUUCAAUUUUGGCUCUGUUGUGUUCCUAUCUCUGCCAAUGACAAUUCUUGCAAAACUUUUUAUUUGGAAUAAGCAAAGGUUUGGUAAUUUGGUAACA